AUGGCCUCAAGCGCACCUCAGGCGAGCCCAAUAUGGCACAACGCCUUGAAGCUUCGGAAACAUCUUCUGAAGCAGCUGGAAAGGAUUAAAAACAACGCAUCGUCGAGUGUUGAUAUUCCUCAGCUUGAAGCCGCCGACGGCACCCUCGAAAAAUUUCGUCUUGCUUGCGUCCAGACCGUUUUCCUCGAUUUUGAAUACGCCGUACGCGAGAAUACCGAAGAUAUACUAUGGAACUUGCACACGUCCAUCAACUCCGAAUAUCGCCGCAUUCUCGGUAGGCUGAAGUCUUCGUCCCAGGCCGUCGAGCGCCGCAAGACCGAAAAGCUCUACACCAACUUUUUGCGCAUCGCGCAAAAGUUCUACCAGGGCUAUAUCCAGCGACUCUCCGCACGAUAUGAUAUCCCCGAGCUCAAGCGUGUCGCCAAAGGCAUCGACGUCGAGCCAAUGACGGCCAGCGAUCUCAUCAGUCCUGUUCCCUCUGAGCUCAGCAAAAAAGUGCAAAGGUCUUGUUAUUCGACGCUGAUCCGACUUGGCGAUUUGGCCCGCUAUAGAGUGCAAGCCAAGCACAAGAAUUCAGGAUAUGACAUUGCCUUGACCUAUUACACACUUGCUCAGCAUCUCUCGCCCAAGUCCGGCUUUGCGUUUCAUCAGAUGGGCAUCGUCAGCCUCGACCAAGGCAGCCACCUGGAUGGCGUCUACCACUUCUAUCGAGCCUGGGCAAUUAAGGAUUCCCAUCCCAAUUCCAAGUCUAAUUUGGAAUUGGAAUUCAAGUCUCUUCAGCAGCCGAGUUCCAACAAAUCCAAGCACGCAUCGUCUGGCCCUCAAGAUGCCUUCGUCAUGUGGUUUGUGCGCUUGCAUGCCUUAUUCUACAAGGGUGAGACUGCACCACAGUAUAAAGAGCUUGAGCGUGAAGUCAUUCAUCGCCUUGAGAUGGCUGCUGCAAAUGGAUCUUGUCGUGACAUCAUCUUGAAAAUGACCUUCAUCAACAUCGCCGCUCAGUACAUCGCUACUCUUAAGUGCUCUGAAAAUAAAAAUGCCACUUCCCUCCAGUUCUACCAGUAUAUCUCCGGCUUUAAUGUCAAGUUUCUUGCGGCUUUCACUGCAGUCCUGGAGGAAGCCCUCAAAGAAAGCAUGUCCAAAUCAGAAGAUCUCUCCGACGAAGAAAAUGACAAGGGUGCAGAAAUCGCACAAUCAUUGCUUCCUGCUUUACGAAUUUACUCCAUGUGGAUCGCCGUGUCGCACCAAGAACUUUUUGCGCAACCUGCUGCGACUGCUGAAGGGUCACUGACUGGCACCAUGAUGGACACACUCGCGCGAGUUUUUACUCGCAUGUGCGUGGAAACUUACAGCCAGCCGAACCUGGUCUCAUGUCCUUACUUGCUACCCGAAGACCUUGAUAAUCUGGGCUUUCAGCCCCUUGACGAAAAUGUUGUUCCAGAGCCGUGCCGCUCAUUCUGUGAGCAGAAUGGCACAGUGAAGCCUCACCUCUACUCGCCCGAGCACCGAUUGAACCCGCAGGCGGAAAAAAUGGCGCGGAUUCUUGACAUUCUACGAUGUGCUUAUUUUCUCGCUGAAGAUCCUGCUGUGCCUCUGUCGUGCCGUGUCGUUGAAGACUUGCUUCUGUUCGAGUAUCAACCGUCUCAGCACCGGCCGGAACAACCUAUCGAAGCAGCGGCGACGCCAGCACCACGAAUCGAAUCUGCUCCAACCCCGACCGCCAUUCACGUACAAAAACGUCGCUCAGUACAGAUGAAUAUCCAGGAACGCCAGGAUAGCCCCAAAACUUCAAAUGGUAAACAACUUGAAGUUGCCACAGCACUGCCGAAGCCUCCUAUCGCGUCACCAGCACCAGCCAACAAGGAGGAUGAAACAGGUGAUGCAGAAAACACUGUCAUCAAUAUGCUGGCACCUUUUCUGAAGCCCCCUACACCGCAGCCACCAUUGGGUGUACACGAUACUGCGGUCUCUUCGUCAUACCUAGCCCGGUCCAACUCAGACAUGCUCAACACUUACCCAGGCCGGUUUGACCCAAGUCCGACGCGUUCCAUCCCUUCGGGCAAGUUUGAGCCUCUGCCAUGGGAUUGGUUCAAUACACCCAAGCCCGCCCGUGAAGACAACUCGCCCCUCUCUGCCGCAGGCAUGUCACCCCUUACGCCCGGCCUGGCCUCUUGCAUGUUCGACGACCCCUUCUCCGUCCCAUCAACGCCCAACGAGCUCGCUACAGGCAGCCACUUCCCUUCUGUCCACAGCCACGGCAACAUUCGGGCCGCCGAUAUGGGAAUCAAUCUGAGCGGCGGCUCCACGGCUGAGCAUGCGCACCGGGCCGCGCUCCUCCAGACGUUUGGAACGGCACCAGGCGCCCGACCGCCGUCCACAAGCGCCACCCCAGCAGCUCGCAGCUCGCCGUUCAGCUAUUGGGGCGAGAGCACGGCGUUAGGCAGCGGCGGAGGCGGAAGCCGACCCAGUGGACAGGGUGCACCGCCUGGCUUUCGUGCCCCCGACAUGAUGCCCCAUUCGUCAUCGGCUGGCAGCCUGUCUCAAUUUUCACACCCAAGCAGCUUGUACCAUGGCACGCCGGCUAAUUAUGGUGCCGGAGGGCAGUAUUCACAGCAGCCGCCCUUGCAGAGGCACUUCCAAGCCGCAGAAAACACGACGUCUUCCUACGACGAAGCCAUUCUUCGUGCAGCGUAUGAGGGCAGAAGGUGA